CCGCCGUAUCACGCUCGAGGUUCGUCGACUGAUGUGCAAAGGAUGAGGCACGCAAGCUCCGUCCACGUCGACAAGCUCGACCGACGCAAGCAGCUCAUGACGCACGUAUACUCUUACGUGUGCUUUUUCUUUGACACGAAAGACGUUUCCGACGGACGAGUGGAGUCUACUCGACAGAACAUGGCCAUGCGGCGAAACCACACGUUCAGCACCAACGCGCCGUCUGCAAUGCGCCUUUGCACAUAUCGAGCACACGCGCAACGCGAGACGACGCACGCAGUGAAUUCAAAACUGGCUGAACAACGGCUCAAGAGGCGGAUGAUGACUUGAGCUGGCUGGAUGCGGCCAUGCGCUCGGACCACUCAGCACGAAUUAUCAGGCGAAGCGAUGUAUGUUCGGGUUCACCAUCUUUGCAGCUUUCAUUCAUGCAGAGCCAAGAUGUCGGACACUGGGGUUCUUUUACUCGACAAGAUCUUGUCGCUAUAUUUAGAGGGAACAAUCGGUGGCCUUGAGCGAGUGACACGCGAUGGGUUGUGGGCAGAGUGCGUUGAGGAAGGAGAUCGUGGGGCUGCAUGCGCUGGAGGCAAAACGAGCAGAAGAAAUCUCCAAGCUUGAGGAUGAGCGGCGUAUGCUGAAGUAUAAGAUGUCGGUCCUGGAGGACAUGGUCGCGACGGCCCAGUUGGAAGCACAAGAGAAGAUCGCCGCUGCUGCCGUCGCAGAAGAGCGCAUGAAAGUGAUGAAGUGGGAACUUGUGCGACAGGCAACGAUCCCCAAGACCCCUCGGCAGUCGUUGCAGUGGGCACUAAAUGACAAGACGCUUCAAAAGCUCACAAAGACGGCGUCGACGCGCGAAGCAAGUGCCCCCACGUCCACAAAACCCUCCACGUCAGAGUCGGAAGCGAUCGCAACGCCAAGCAAAGUUAGCAACGAGAACAGCUUACCUCAGCCAACGUCCGCCGUUCAACGUGCUGGCGGUGUCCCCACACAGGCAACUGCAGCAGUGGCUGACCCCAUUGCCAACAAGACUUCUUUGACACCCAAGAACUCGACUACCAUCACACAGAAAGCAAACGAGUCGACGAGCGUCGCAGCAGUCGAAGGCAGUGCGUUGGUAGAAUCCAUGAAUCCAGAGCUACAACGUGCAAGAACCCCUCGGAAGAUCGUCGAUCCGUCCGAAGUCGAUGAGAGCAAGGAAGCAUUUGGAGCUGCGAAAGCCAUGACAGCGUCGUCGUCGCGGCGGACGAAAGACAGCAAUGCCAUCGAGCGCGGUAACUCAAACAUUGGCACUCGCCGGCACUCGUCCAAGUCGAUCAUUCGGGGGGCACCCAUGGGUAGCACGUCGUCGAUGCGUCAUCGGGAUUCGCUGGAUGGAAAGGCAAUGGCCGAGUCCUUACAAAAGGCGGCGACGCAGUCGUCGCUCCAACUCGACGCGAACGAAUCCGCCACGUCUUCCAGCAAACCCAAACUGUCGCCGAAAACGUCGCGGUCGAGCAUCAUUGUGUCGACGUCGUCACGCGAGACGUCUCCGACUGCUGCCAAAUGCACCCCUGGUUUUGUUUUGUCCAUGCCCCUCUCCAAGGCCGGAGCUGAAGACCUUCCUCCGCCAUCGACGACAUCGCCACCAACCUCGACACACCAAGAGGAACCGGAGGCAGAGCCGUCGACGGGCGUGACGGCAUUUGCCCUCGACGAAGACGACGACGACGAUGGUGCCGUCGUGUGUUUGGACGAGACAGCAUUGGAUGACUUGAUGUAACAACGCAUGGUCGGAUGGAAUGUGGCAUGAGUUUAGCUUAGUUGGAUAAUGAUCGACUUGGAAUGGGGGGAGG